AUGUACACUGAUCAUCAGGGCACUGAUGAUCAGUGUGCCCCAUCAAUGCCACCUGCCAGUGCCCAACAGUGUCACAUCAAUGACACAUCAGUGCCUACCAGGGCACAUCAAUGCCACAUAUCAGUGCCCAUCUGAGCUGCCUCAGUGCCACCUAUCAGUGCCAGUCAGUGCCACCUAUCAGUGCCAUCAGUGCCGCCUAUCAGUGCCACCUAUCAGUGCCAUAUAUGAGUGCUGCCUUUCAGUGCCCAUCAGUGAUGCCUGUCAAUGCCCUUCAGUGCCACCUACCAGUGCAUCCUCAUCAGUGCCACCUAUCAGUGCCCAUCAAUGCAGCCUCAUUAGCCCACAUCAG